GACUAUUUAUUAUUGAGCUCCUCAAUAAUAUGCGGAUGUGUUUGGCUGAAUAGCGGAAGUAACGCGGAAGCCGAGAACGUCCGCUGAACUUCGGACUUCCACAAAUAAACUUAAAUUGAGACUAUGACAAGUGAAUAAAUCCAAUGACUUCUCACUGCAGGGACAGACGAACGUCAGCAGUUUUGGUCCAUACCUCUUAGGAGUUGCCCAGGAACAUAUCCCCACGAGUAUUUCGUCCCAGACAACAUGGCCUUUCCACUAAUACUGUCAACUCAGAUGCUUUUACUGCUGCUGUUGUCGGAGGUGUAUGGCUUCAAUCCUCAGACAAGCAGCCGGCCCAAUUUUAUCCUGAUAAUGGUGGAUGACCUGGGGAUUGGAGACCUGGGCUGCUAUGGCAAUAAAACAGUGAGGACGCCAAAUAUUGAUCAGUUGGCUCAGGACGGCGUCAAGCUCACUCAUCACAUCGCUGCAGCGAGCCUGUGCACCCCCAGCAGGGCGGCGUUCCUCACCGGACGUUACCCGAUAAGAUCAGGUAUAGUAAAUAAAAUACCACCGGGUGUCUUCAUAUUUACUGCAGCAAGCGGAGGUCUUACAGACCAAGAGCUCACCUUUGCCAAGCUUGUCAAAGAACAAGGCUAUGAAACAGCUCUCAUAGGAAAAUGGCAUCUGGGUCUUAACUGUGAACGCAGUGACGACCACUGUCACCACCCUGGUAUCCAUGGCUUCAGCUACUUCUUUGGUAUCCCCCUGACUAACCUGAGGGAUUGUCAACCAGGACAUGGCACUGUUUUUGUUGUACAUAAGUUCCUACCAUACAGGGAGAUAACUGUUGUCCUGGCCACUGCUGUUUUCCUCCACUACUUUGGAAUCAUCAUCAUUCACAGAGGGCUCAUCCUGUGCCUGCUGUCUUUGCUGCUCCUGGUCACAGGUCUGAUCCUGGGAUUCAUCACUCUAGCCCCCUAUUUUAACUGUGUUCUUAUGAGGAACCACAGAGUUCUGGAGCAGCCAUUCCACUCUGAAAACCUGACACAGAGGAUGACUCAGGAGGCAGCGGAUUUCAUACAGAGGAACUCAGCGAAGCCCUUUCUGCUCUUCUUCUCUUUUCUCCAAGUCCACACAGCUUUGUUCGCCUCUGCAGCGUUCAGAGGAACGAGUCAGCACGGAAUCUAUGGAGACGCAAUCCAUGAGGUGGACUGGAGUGUUGGUCACAUCCUCAACACCUUGGACCGACUGCAUCUGAGGGAAAACACACUGAUUUACUUGACCUCUGACCAGGGGGCUCAUCUGGAGGAAACCCCCAGUGGAUCCAAUGGAAUAUAUAAAGCAGGGAAAGGUACAAAUUGGGAAGGAGGCAUCAGAGUGCCUGGAAUUCUUAGAUGGCCAGAGAAAAUCCCUGAUGGCAUAGAAGUGGAUGAGCCCACCAGCAACAUGGACCUUUUUCCAACAGUGGUACGAUUGAGUGGAGCUUCAGUCCCAGCAGACAGAGAAAUCGACGGAUGUGACCUCAUGGAUUUGCUUCAGGGAAAAAUAGAAAGGUCGAACCAUGAAUUCCUGUUUCACUACUGCAACAUGUACUUGAACGCAGUCAGAUGGCGUCCACAGAACAGGAAUUCCGUGUGGAAAGCCUUUUAUUUCACACCAAACUUCUACCCUGAGAACACUACUACAUGUUCCAGCACCAGCCUCUGCCACUGCGGGCCAAAUUAUGUGACCUACCACGAUCCUCCGCUGCUCUUUGACCUCUCAAGGGACCCGUCAGAAACCACCCCCCUGACGCCAGACACAGAGCCGGAGUUUGACUCCAUCCUGGCUGUGAUGGCAGAGGCAGUGGAGAAGCACCAGAGAUCAGUGAAGCCUGUGGAGAUGCAGAUGUCCACAGGGAACAUCAUAUGGAAGCCCUGGCUGCAGCCCUGCUGCUCUACGUACAAACAGCUCUGCCAGUGCCAGCAGGACCAGUAGAUCACACCAGUCACUGGUGUCCAGGCAGCACAGGGUCUGGACACAGGGUCUGACACAGGGUCCACAAUUUGACACAAAGUGUCUACUAAACUGCCUCCAGGUUUCACUACCGUGUGAAAAGUUACAUCAACUUUGGAGGAGUUUUUUGAGUGUUUACGUAGGCAACAAUUUGUUUUCCAGAUAUGUAGGUGUAUUGAAAAUUGGAAUGAAAACUACAACGUAGCGUUUCAGAAUAAGUGGAACAAGAAAAAUGGGAACAAUCCACUAAAUUUUUAGUCACAGAAGGAUUUUCUGUGCUAAGAAAGCAAGUCUUGGCCCAGACUUUGGUCGAGGCUCUAUGUUUACUUGGUUAUAUGUUUGACACCUUCACAUAUUUCUUGAACAUUAAAGGUUAUUUGCCAUAGAAAUUUGGUGGUUUUUUGAUGAAUGUUUAUUGGGUGGGUUGGUUUGUUGUUUGUUGUUGUUGCCCACAGCUUGUUAAAAAUCCAGCAAACAUUCCAGCAGUUGGUUGCAACAAAUCCAGUGUUCGAAGAGAAGAUGCCUCAUGACAAUAACACAUCUACACAUUUGUUUCACAAAUGUAUUGUUCCUAACUGUACUACUGGAGAAACAGGGGUAAUAAUAAGUUAUACAAGACUCCUGGUAUUUGAACAAUACUUUGCUGUUUUAUAACGGUAAUAAAACUGAGACCUGCAUGACUA